ACUAACUCGAGUUGAACAUUUUAAAAAACGAGUUCCGCCUGUUCCUGAAUACAUGCUCACCCUGGGAUCCCAGGAUAUACGCACUUUGUUGGGAGUUCCGGCCAGAACCCAAAACGUCACACACACUGACACACCUCUGAAACUUUGUUGCAAAACGUACCACAAACGAUUCUCACCGUCCCCGUCUACAGACCGAUUCAGCGCGCUAAAGGCGGCGACUGAAGGCCGUAUAUGUGCUUCACAAGCUGUAACUGCUAUUCAAAAACCCUAAAUCAGGUCUGUGUAAUAUCUGGAUAUUGCUUCAUGCGACAUGUUGUGUUGUUUUAAUGAUGAAGAUCUACCGUGAUCUCUAACUGCAGAAGAAACAGAUACUUGGCUUUAGUAAUCAUCAUGUACAUAAAACAGAUUAUUAUUGAAGGGUUCAAGAGCUACAGGGAACAGAUAGCUACUGAACCAUUCAGUGCAAAAGUUAACUGCGUUGUUGGUGCUAAUGGAUCUGGCAAAUCUAACUUUUUCCAGGCAAUGCGUUUUGUCAUAAGUGACCUCUUCCAUAACCUGCGCAGUGAAGAAAGGCACGCCUUACUUCAUGAAGGUGCAGGACACCAAGUAUUAUCUGCUUUUGUGGAGAUCGUGUUUGACAAUUCAGACAAUCGACUCCCGGUCGAUAAGGAAGAAGUGCGAAUGAGAAGAACAAUUGGGCUCAAGAAAGAUGAGUAUUUCUUAGAUGGAAAACAUAUCACGAAAACUGAAGUCAUGAACUUACUGGAAAGUGCAGGAUUCUCUCGAUCGAAUCCAUACUAUGUUGUGCAGCAGGGAAAGAUAGCAUCAUUGACAGUGAUGAAAGAUCCAGAGCGACUUGAUCUACUGAAAGAAAUUGGUGGCACACGAGUCUAUGAUGAGAGACGCCAGGAAAGUCUAAAGAUUAUGCAAGAGACAGGUAAUAAGAAGAAGCAAAUUAUUCAAGUUGUGCAAUACAUGGAUGAAAGGUUGAGAGAGCUUGAUGAAGAAAAAGAGGAACUUAAAAAAUAUCAGCAGCUUGACAAACAGAGGAAAUCUUUGGAGUACAGUAUCUUUGAUAAGGAACUUCAGGAUGCAAGGCAGAAAUUGGCAGAUGUUGACAAGACUAGGAAUCAAAUUUCUGAAACAUCUACUAAGAUGUAUGAAGAAGUGCUGAUGGCCCACGAAAGGUCUAAGGAACUUGAAAAGUUGUCCAAAGAUCUGACCAAGGAAAUUCAAAUUCUAAGCAGGGAAAAAGAAGCGAUAGACAAACAGCAAUCAGCAGCUAUCAAGAAGCAUACUGAGCUUGAGCUUGAUGAGAAGGACCUUCGGGAGAAGAUCAGUGCAAAUUACAAAGCCAAGGAGGAAGCAAUUAAACAACUUCACCUUCUAGAGAGCGAAAUUCAGAAGUCAACUGAUGCACUCAACAAUAUUAAGCCUUUUUAUGAGAAACAAGUUCAAGAGGAAGAUGAGAUAACAAAGAG